GACUUCCGUGAUGUAAACUGAACUACAAACGUCUGGUCCAUACCCAGUACAGUAGGUGGCGGUAAUGCACAUUUUGUUGGAUGCCAUCCGCCAUAAAAGCCCAAAAAGAAGAAGAAGAAGAAGAAGUUCUCUUCGUCUACGUAAACUCCCUUUACUUGCCACUGCGAGGACUGCGUGUGUACAUCUGACAACACCAUGAGUAUACGAGAGAUCACCGAGAACGUGAAGCUGGCCCGCGAAUACGCCUUGCUGGGAAACUAUAGCUCGGCCAGCGUUCUUUACGACGGGUUGCUGGAACAAAUCAAGAAGUACAUGUACACCGUGCGGGACAGCAGUUUUCAGCAGAGAUGGCAGCAGUUGUGGCAGGAAAUCACCAAAGAGAAUCGACAAGUUCAGGACAUAAUGUCGACUCUGGAGAACUUUCAACACCACACAAUGCCCACUAAACCCAGUAACCAUGAUGAUUGUGAAGCAAGGCCUGUGCACGUGGAGCAGCGACAUUCACCGUGUCCCGUCAGACAGCCAGCUAACCCCUAUAAAGACAGCAAACCUCCCAACAACAGGCUGAGCGUGGCUGUGAGGGCCCAGCAGAGGCACUCCCCCCGUGGGGCCAAUGGGGACAGAGGCAAACCAUCCAAAGGCAAAGAGAAGAAGGAGAAGGAGUCGAAGGAGGCCGCUGGCAAAGCAAAGGAUGACAAGAACAAGGCAGAUGUCCAGGAGAAAGAAGUGAAGAAGUUUGACGGGACAGGAUAUGAUAAAGACCUUGUGGAUGCUUUGGAGAGAGAUAUUAUAUCUCAGAAUCCAAAUGUGAAGUGGGACAACAUUGCAGACCUGGAAGAUGCAAAGAAACUCCUGAAGGAAGCGGUCGUGUUGCCGAUGUGGAUGCCAGCUUUUUUCAAAGGCAUACGAAGACCAUGGAAGGGAAUACUUAUGGUGGGACCUCCUGGCACUGGGAAAACCCUUUUGGCCAAAGCAGUUGCCACUGAGUGCAGAACCACAUUCUUCAACGUCUCCUCGUCCACUCUCACCUCCAAGUACAGAGGGGAGUCUGAGAAGCUUGUUCGUCUUCUCUUUGAAAUGGCUCGUUUUUACGCUCCCACUACGAUCUUCAUCGAUGAAAUUGACUCCAUGUGCAGCCGUAGAGGGACUUCAGAGGAACACGAGGCCAGCCGGAGAGUCAAAGCAGAGCUACUGGUGCAGAUGGAUGGUGUUGGUGGAGCGUCAGAAAACGAUGAUCCAUCAAAGAUGGUGAUGGUGCUGGCUGCCACCAACUUCCCGUGGGACAUCGACGAGGCUCUGAGAAGACGUCUGGAGAAAAGGAUCUACAUCCCUCUGCCUUCAACCGAAGGGCGAGUGGAGCUGCUCAGGAUCAACCUGACGGAGCUGGAGCUGGCCAGCAAUGUGAACUUGGACAGGAUUGCAGAGCAGUUGGAGGGUUACUCAGGAGCCGACAUUACCAACGUGUGCAGGGACGCCUCUCUGAUGGCCAUGAGGCGGAGAAUCGAGGGCCUCACGCCAGAGGAGAUCCGUAAUAUCUCCCGGGACGAGAUGCACAUGCCCACCACCAUGGAGGACUUUGAGUCCGCUCUGAGGAAAGUGUCCAAAUCCGUAUCCGCCACUGACCUGGAGAAGUAUGAAAAGUGGAUCGAAGAGUUUGGGUCCUGCUAAACACCAAGAUCCCAAAUGUGUAACUAGUGUUGAGUUGGUGUGACAGGUUGUGGCAGUGUACUUUUCCGUAUCAGUCAGGCGAUAUUGAAAAGUAGGUUUAUAUUUAAGGUAAAUACAUGCUCUUUAAAAGUGGCACCUUACUGUACAUUAUAGUAAUGGGUGUUUUCCUUUCUUUUAACGCACUUGAUUUUACGUGUGUGGGUUCUUUCACAUUUUUGGAGAUGAAACUAACAAAGAUAUUUCUAUGAAUAAAGUUAUGGAUUAUA